AUGACCGACUUUCUCCUCGGAGGAGUCUCUGCCGCCGUCUCCAAAACUCUCACCGCGCCCAUUGAACGUGUCAAGAUUCUGAUUCAGAACCAGGACGAAAUGAUCAAGUCAGGUCGCCUCAACAAACCUUACGGAGGCAUUGCCGACUGCUUCAAGCGCGUGGCUGCCGAGGAGGGCGUCAAGGCGUUCUGGAAGGGCAACGGCACCAACGUCAUCCGUUACUUCCCCACCCAGGCCCUGAACUUUGCCGUCAGAGACCACUUCAAGCGCAUGUUCAGCUAUAAGAAGGAGCGCGACGGAUACGCCAAAUGGCUCGCCGGCAACUUGGCUUCAGGAGGUAUGGCCGGAGGCAUCUCGCUGACGAUCGUCUAUUCUCUGGACUAUGCCCGUACUCGUCUCUCGAGUGACGCCAAAGGCAAGAACGGUGCCGCUCGUCAGUUCAACGGCUUGAUUGAUGUCUACCGCAAGACCAUCGCGUCUGACGGUAUGGCUGGUCUCUACCGUGGCUUUAACAUCUCUCUCGCUGGUAUUGUUGUCUACCGCGGCUUGUACUUUGGAUUGUAUGACUCUAUCAAACCCAUCUUGCCCAGCUCUCUCCAGGGUUCCUUCAUUGCUUCAUUCAUUCUUGGCUUUGGUGUGACUAACCUGGCUAGCUUUGUCGCCUAUCCCAUUGACACUAUCCGUCGCCGUAUGAUGAUGACCUCGGGAGAGGCCGUCAAGUACAAGUCCUCGUUCGAUUGCUACAGCCAGAUUGUCAAGAAGGAGGGCUACAAGUCCCUUUUCAAGGGUGCUGGAGCCAACGUCCUGCGUGCCGUUGCUGGCGCUGGUGUUCUCGCUGGAUACGAUCAGCUGCAGGCCCUUGCCAAUAACAUGUCCUUUGGCAGUGCCUAA